AUGGCUUCUUCAAGCAACAUUCCUGUCUUAAUAGUCCUACCAAUCUUGUGGGCUCUUCUGCCAUUCUUCUACCUCUUCAAACUAUUGACAUUUAUUUUAAGGAGGUUUAGAACUGAAAACCUCAGAGGAAAAGUUGUCCUAAUCACCGGAGCGUCGUCUGGGAUCGGAGAGCACUUAACUUAUGAAUAUGCAAAAAGAGGAGCUUGUUUAGUUAUUGUAGCCAGGAGGGAGAAUCUCCUUAUUAAGGUGGCGGAAAAGGCCCGGCAACUCGGGUCGCCGGAUGUUCUCCAUAUAUGUGCUAAUGUGCGAAAAGCAGAUGAUUGCAGAGAUUUUGUUGAGAAAGCAGUCAAUCAUUUUGGCAGAUUGGAUCAUGUUGUCAAUAAUGCUGGAAUUGCCUGUAUGUGCUUUAUUGAAGAUACAGCUGACAUUACAAAAUUUACAGAAAUGAUGGAUGUCAACUUUUGGGGAUCAGUGUACCCCACUUACUUUGCGAUUCCUCAUCUGAAGAAGACCAGGGGAUCGGUUUUUGUUAAUGCAUCUGCUGGUGGUAUUCUAAAUCCACCAGGAAUGAGUAUCUAUUCUGCAAGCAAAGCAGCUCUAUUGAGCUUCUGUGACACUAUGAGUGUGGAACUGGCGCCGGAAAUCUCAGUCACAGUUGCCACUCUGGGCGUGAUAGAUUCAGAAAUUACCCAAGGAGGGAAGCAGCUAACCAUGGAAGGGACUAUGGAUGUUAAAUCAUAUUUUGCAAUUUGUGGUGCUGAUAAAAUGCCGUCUAUGGGAGCCAGUGAUUGUGCUGAAGCAAUCGUGGAUGCGAUUUGCCAGAAGGAAAGAUGCGUAACAGAGCCAAAAUGGUACAUGAUUCUCCUCCUAUUGAAAACCUUGUUCCCUGACCUGAUUGAAUGGACAAGCCGCAGAACCUGUCUUAUGUUAAAAACCAAUGUAGCCAAAACCGCUCUCCUGACCCCACCAUCACAAGAUAAAAUAGAAUGA